AUGAACCGCCUACAAUGCCCCGACCCACGGGUAGUCUCCAUCGCCGACCUGCAGCGCGAAGGAACUAGGAAACUCGGCAAGAUGUACGGCGAGUACUACAACGAGGGCUCGAUGGACCUUAUCACGCUAAAUGACAAUUCGGCUGCUUUUGACCGCGUACGCCUGCGUCCGCGGGUAUGUGUCGACGUCUCCGCGGUCGACAUGAGCACCGAGUGUUUCGGGACCCAAGUGUCCAUGCCGCUGGGUUUUUCGCCGGCCGCGUUUCAUGCCCUCGCCCAUCCCAGCGGCGAGGUUGGGACGUCGCGGGCAGCAGCCAAGGCCGGGAUCAACAUGGUCCUCUCGACUUACGCCACUGCUUCAGUCAGUGACGUGACGGCCCAAGGGAGGGGGAACGCGUACGGGAUGCAGCUGAGCAUGGUGGUGGACUGGGACUCCAACCUCCACAUUGUGCGUAAUGCCGAGCGGGCGGGAUGUCGCGCCUUGGUCCUCACUGUCGACUGCGCGUGCCUCGGUCGCAGACUCAACGAGUACCGCAACGAGUUCUGUCUCCCCCCAACCUUGCAGUUACCCAACCUCCCGCCCGGGGUGGACGUACACAACCCCGUAGCUGGGAACGACCCGCGUUCGAGCUACGACAACGCCUUCACCUGGGACAAGGUCAAGCGUCUCAUCGCGUCCACCUCCAUGCCCGUCUAUCUCAAAGGCAUUUUGACGGCCGAGGACGCGAUCCUGGCCGCCAAUGCCGGGGCCACUGGAGUAAUUGUUUCCAACCACGGGGGCCGCCAGCUCGACGGGGCGCUUGCGACGUUUGACGCGCUUGAAGGCGUCGCGAAUGCCGUCAAGGGCCGGAUCGAGGUGCACCUCGACGGUGGGAUUCGGCGAGGCUCAGAUAUCUUCAAGGCUAUCGCACUGGGUGCCGACCACUGCUGGGUUGGAAGGGUGCCCAUCUGGGGUCUCGCGUAUGAUGGCGAGGACGGGGUAUCUCUCGGCCUCAAGAUCCUCCGCGACGAACUCCUCAUUACGAUGAGCCUGUGUGGGUGCCGCACCCUCAAGGAUAUUCGGAGGAGCCACCUUGCAAGGAUGCAGGCGGACGGGACGUGGGCUGCGCUUGCUGAUUUCCGGCGCUCCGAACUGGCAGUAUUGCGCGAGACUGAACAAGUAGCCAAGCUUUAG